AUGAGCAGAGACAGAUUUCUCCUGAUCCUAAGAUGUUUAAAUUUUUAUGAAAGUGACGAAGAGACUGUACCUGAUGAUCGCCUCUACAAAGUCAGGCUUUUGAUUGACUAUUUCAAUCAAAAGAUGAAAACCAUCUACUACCCAAGUCGAGAGUUGUCGAUUGAUGAAGGAAUGGUGCUAUGGAGAGGACGUCUGCACUUUCGACAAUACAUUCAAGGAAAGCGCCAUAAAUAUGGUAUCAAGAUUUACUCGUUAUGUGAACCGGAUGGACUUUGUGUAAGUUUCACUGUGUAUUCUGGGAAGGGAGGUGAACUUGGAGGAAAAGGUCAUGCUAGCAAAGUAGUCAAGUAUUUGAUGAGGGGAAUGCUUGGGGUGGGCCAUUCAUUGUAUAUGGAUAAUUAUUAUAUCAGUUACCCCCUUGCAACCGAGUUACUGAGUGAGAAAACCUACUGCACCGGCACAAUGCGCUCAGACCGAAAGCAUGUUCCGCUAGAUCUCAAGACAGCUCGUCUUGCCAGAGGAGAAAAGGCAGAACGGUACGCCAAUGGUGUUUUGAUAGCAAAAUGGUGCGACAAGCGUCAGGUGUUGUACCUAUCCACAGAGUUUGAGAAUGAUUGGGCAAUCUCAAUGAAUAGGUAUAACCAACCUCGCCAAAAGCCUCUGCCCAUAAUACAGUACAACGCCCAUAUGAAGGGUGUGGACCGAAAUGAUCAGCUUAUGAGCUAUUAUGCCUUCGAACACAAAUCAAUUCGCUGGUACAAAAAGAUCUUCGUCCAUUUCCUUCAGACGUUGUUGGUGAACUCCUUCAAACUUUAUUUACAAACCAACCCAAGGAAAAGAUCGCUGUACCACUUUAGAUUGUCCAUCAUCAACAUGCUUUUGCCUGCAGCAAACGCAAUCACACCUCCACUCCGGCCUAGACAACAAACAACUGUCAGACACGUAUUGUCAAAAAUGGACACACCUGACAACACAGGAGAAAGGAUGAAGAGAAAACGAUGCAGAGAAUGCUCAAAGACAAAGAAAAGAACCAUGACCCUUUUCUUUUGUGCCCAGUGCCCUGGCGAACCUGGCCUAUGUGCACUGAGAUGCUUCGACAAGUAUCAUGAGUAG